AUGUCUAGCAAUGGAGAAGGCUCUUCUAAGCCUACUGUGUCACCAACACCAACGUCCGCUGCGAAUGGCAGUAGCCCUGCACCACAAGCCCGAGGGGGACUUGUACCUACAAACAACGUGACUACCAAGGAUGGUUCUACUGUCCGGACUCGCAUCGAACCAACUCUCCCCGUGGAUGACGUAAUUCGCCAGCUGUGUAUCAAUUUAAAGCUCAAAGAUCCCCCUUCAAUGUAUGCUCUCAGAGACGAGAAUGAUGAACUGGUUACCAACGAUAAUCUCCGGAAGAAGAUCAAAGCAAAGAUCAAUCUGAAACUUGUUAGCGCCCCCGCUCUCGAAGCUACAGAAAUAGUCGAGAAGUUGAUACUCCGGGAUGCGAAAUUGGGACUGGCCUUGACCUCACUUCGCAGGUAUAUUCGCGAGGAACAAUUCGCAGAGGAAUUUCUUCGACGGGAUGGCUUGGCUGAACUCAUAAAUAUAAUAAACACAACUCACGGGAAUACCCUCGCAUAUGCUCUAACUGCGAUGCAGAACCUCAUGGAAUUGGAUCGUGGAUGGAAUGACCUUGACGACGAAUUCAUACUCAAAAUUGUCCAGAUCCUUUCUUCCAAGCAGUCGUUAAUCAACGUUUGCCGACCCGCAACCGCGAUCCUCAAGAAACUAGUGGAAGCAUCUCCAGCCAGUACGCUUACUGCCAACCUUGCAAGCUCAAGCAGAGGACCACCAGCUCCACCCCCUGACUCAGUCUAUCGGUAUGGAUUCGAGGUUGUGUUCGAGCAGAUGCGCAAGGAGACACGACUACUCGAGACUGUCGUAGAACGCCUGGGGAGUGCGGAUACCACAAUGGCGUUGUAUAGCAUGAUGCUCAUCAAUUCUCUCCUUGCUAACAUGACGGAUGCUCGAUGGGAUGAAUUUACCACAUCUCUUGAAAGGCUGAAUGUUCGUAAGGCGGUGAUUCGUCUUAUGUCCUCGCAUACUAUUGAGGACUUGACGUCCUGCAUCUUGGAUUUCCAAGCAAAUAUGAUGCGGGUCACGUACAAGGAGAAGACAACUCCGGUUGAGCCAGAAAUUGAGGAAUCCCAUGCCGCCAUUUUAAAGUAUAUAUGGUCCAGUAGCAGGAUCAGCGAGGAUACUUCUGAGGUUGAGGUAUGGCGAUGGAGGAAGCUUGGCUUCGACAGUGAGGAUCUGACGCAGGAAUUUCGGCAAGUCGGUUUGCUCGGGUUACACUGUUUGAGAUAUUUCGUAGCAAAAGAUCCUGAUUAUUGGGCCAAGGUCGUUCAGGAGCAACGUAGUCGACCCGAUGAACGAAGAUGCCCCAUCGCGAAGGCUUCGAACGAGGUUGUGGAUUUACUUUCAGAACACUGGGCAAUAUAUUCCCCUGGAUACUCGACUACCACAACAUUUCAGCCAUUCUUCCUCAACUUCCUUAAAGUGCACACACUAGCAACGCAGUUCUUUCUUCGCAUGUGGAACGAAAGUGGUGCUUCGAAAAAUGACUUCCCCCGUCUGGUUGCACUUACCCGAAGCCAAGUGAAUGUUGCGCUACGACGCGAAAACGUCAGAGCAUGGCAUGAAGUCGAGCAUGACUUUUCUCAGUGUGAAUAUCGUGCAGUCCGGGAUAGACAAAUGCAGGAGCUCGAGAUGGAAGACGAUAUCAUGAGUAAGAUUCCCAUGAGAAACCUGAGGGCAAAGUUGUACAAGGAGUCGUUCGACUUUGUGCGCCAGCAGCGGAUACACUGUCUGUUAGAUGGUGCUUGGUUCACGAAUGCCAUUCCUGUGACGUCCACAGCUCAUCGUGAAACUGUCAGGCGGCCUAAUCGUCCUUGGCGAUUCAUGCGGCUGGACAAUGGGCUGAAGUAUUUACAUUAUGUGGAUGCCACCUCGAAAUUCCCUAUGAAGAAAGGUUUAGAAGAUCUGCCUGAGCGCAUCGACUUGUCGGCUGUGAACGAGAUCGCAACUGGGACCUGUGCUCCGUAUCCUGGCACUGCCCGGGACAUCGAUGUGCCCACGCCGGGCUCCCCGGUAGCAGUGUCUCCUCUCUCCUUCUCUCUCCUCACUACCAGUGGCACUUCCUUGGCGGAUCAAAUUGCUCCUGACCAAUCCAGAUGGGCAGAUUGGACAGAUGGUCUUAACAUGUUGCGGAAGGAUGGCGGUCAUGUCGCUUCCAAAGAAACGGAGAUGUUUGUACAAGCACUCACCGAAAUCGGUCUCAAGAUCAAAUUGCUGGAUUUAACCGGUGAACGAGUUGACAUUCCAAGUGGUUUGGCAACUGGCGCACCUCCCACUAGCUGUGAUUUCUUCUAUUCUGAUCUCUCCUACGAUCCGCAAGCGUAG